AUGGACAGUGUGUGGGAGAUGUAUGUGCUCGUCACCACAUCCAACAACCCAGAUGUCAUCAGUCAAGUAUUUCUCAAUAUUUUAGUCUUCCUGCAUUCAAAGAGUCACGUUUUCUACUGCAUUUUCUUUUCGGUCUACAUCUUCGUGUGUUUCUACAUCUUCCUCAAUGUGUUUUUAGCGGUGGCCUAUCACAGUUUUAAUGCGAAUAUUAUGGUUGAGAUUAAAUGCAGUAUAGAUGCAAAGAAGGGAAAACUACGACAGGCCUUUGAAGUGAUCAAAAUCAACAAAAACGGACAUGACAUGGUGACGUACAAAACGUGGAAACGUCUCAUGAACCUUGUCCUUCCUAAAUUGUCCAAGAACCAAAUUGACUUGCUGAUGCUGGUUCUCAACACCAAAUGCUCCGGAUACAUAGACCGUAGCGAGUUUAUGCAUGUGGCGGACCUGUUAAAUGUGCCCAUCUCACAGGUGAACGAUCGCAUCACGUGGUUGGAGAAGACAUUUCCCAGCGUUUAUCUUUCAUUUCCUAGUCAACGCAUUAAGGAAGUUGUUCAAACAAUAUAUUUCAAAUCCGUUUACGACCUAGUCGUCAUAAUAGAGGUCUUUCUGAUCGGUUUUGACGUUCCUGGGAUUGACAUCCCGUUCUGUGUCCUGUUUUAUCUGGAGAUAGGACUUAAAGUCUACACGUAUGGUCCAUUUAAAUAUUUCAAGAGGCCAAGAAACUGGUUUGACGUUAUAAUAACUGUGUUAUGCUCCAUGUUUUUGGUCUUAGACACAGUUAUUCAAAGUGACCACUACAAUGAGAACAUCUUUAAAGAAACUACACAAGCCUUCAAUAUUAUACGUAUAUUUCGGAUUCUUCGACUUUUGUUCCGUAUAAAACGCUUCAAGACCAUCAUUAACACGCUGAUGAAUGUUUCACUAUCGAUAUUAGUUUACUGCGUGAUAGUUUUUAUUUUCGUAUACAUAUUCAAUGUGAUUGGGAUGGAGCUUUUCAAGGGAAGGAUACAAUCCGAAAAUAAUGAGCCUGAGAACAAGUCGGAAAACCUCUUUUGUGGUACCAAGGAGCUCGAAAACAGUGAAUUCGCCAGCGCGUCCUACUGUGAUCUAAAUUUCAACGACUUCAUUAGCUCCACAUUUGUCCUGGCGACAAUGUUGUUCGAGAACAACUGGCAUAUUAUAGCUGACGGCUUUGUCUUGGUAACCAACAAAUGGUCGAGGAUGUAUUUCGCUCUCUUCUACAUGUUCGUCACCGUAAUAACUAUCAACAUAAUAACGGCGUUUGUUUUGGAUAUGUUUUUAUACGAAUACCGCAUGCAACUGGAAGACAAGAAGGAUUCAACCAUUGAAAAGAAAAUCAAGGAACUUGGACUUGGAAUUGAUGAAGAAACUGGAAUGGAAAUUUCACAGCCCCUUUCGGACGAGCAAUUAAAAGAAUGGAUGAUGAAACACGAUAUAACAGCUCCUGACGUCCAGCCAUGGAACGCGAAUGCUUCGUUAAAACAAUUUCCAGGGAUCAAACACGUAGACGUUGACAUGACAAAUUCACGCUCAUAUCUUCAACAAAGACAGAGCACGUACCCGGCCCUUAACAAAUAUGAUGGCAUUCGGUUUCAUAUUAAGAAACGAGGCUGGACAAAAGUUGAAGUUCUUCUGCAGCAACUUUAUGAAAGUGAAAAUGACAAUUCUCCUGUCAAUGACACUGAAAGCAAUCUUGCAGUGCGCGUUUCAAACGUGUAAUAUAGAAAAGUGUUUGUCAUAACUUGCUUUCUUGUUAUUGGAUGAAAAACACAUGUUUUAUUUUAUAGAAUAUCUUUACAUUCUCAAAUACAUAGUUGAUGCUUUAAAUCAUUUUUGUAAGAACGACUUUGCAAUCAUAUUCAUCGUGAACAGUAUUAUGUUUUAAGUCCUCACAUUUUUGUUGAAUUAACUCCAAGAGGUUUCUAAUGGCAUUCUGAACAUUUUUUUUAAUUGUUUUGUCGUCUUAGAUUACCAACAGCUGUUUGUUUAUAUUUGUAUCAUGUAUAUACUUAAUUUCACAUUUUCAAGACGAUCUUUACAAGUAUAUGAACAAACUUAGUAAUUACAAUAAGACAUUAUGAAACAAUAAAUUUAUGCGAAAUCGAAA